AUGUACACAAAAAGCCCGCAAAAGGGCCUCUCAAGCAAUGCUUUAAGCUAUCUAUCAUCGCUGAAAGAGAGCUCGGAGGCGUUACGAAAAGCUGGACCGGUUGAGAAAAGCAAUGUUUCAAGAGUUCCCCUUCAAGCCGGGCGAUCCCUGCAAAAGGACGUCUCGAUGGAGAGCUCGAUUCUUGAUGAAAACGUGGUGUUGGACGUGUCGGAUUUGAGUGAAUCUUCGCCCGAUACAGUCUUCAACAAUAAUGAAUCGUUCAUGUCGAGUAGGAGAAGCAGCAUGUUGCCCCGAACGAAUUCAAUGGGCCCAGCUGUUAACACGGUGAAAGCGUUGAGGAAAUUGAGGAACUCGAUCGACGCCACACUCUUUCAACCGAAAGAAAAGGAUCCCAUCUCGAAAAGUCGGCUCAGCAACGAACAGCCGCAGUUUCGAAGCGAAACGCGACUGGACACGGAAACGCAUCGGACUGAGGUGGAAAAGCCGACAAAAUCGCUUCUCAUGACGACAAAGAGUCCAUUCUUCGGCUUCAUCGCCAGUGGAAGCUCCUCAGCAGAAUCGAUCGAUUUCGCUGAUGAGAAAAUCGAGUCCUCAAAUCGAUCCUCUCGUGUUUCUUCGAAAGAUUCGUCGAAAUCCUCAACAAAUCGAUCAAGUGACGAAAGCUCGAGUGAUUCGCGUUCCAGUGAUGCUUCCAGCCAAGAGUCCUCCCGAAGCAGCACCGAGAAAUCCGACGAAGAGAGCUCUGAAGCGACCUCCAGUACCGAAAAGGAGAAGUCGAAAAGCUCGAGCGUUUCAAGAUCUUCAGCAACCCCCAAUGAUAUGCAAAUUGCGGAAAAACUUCAGGAUAUUCAGCAUCCAAAAGAUAUUCAGCCAAUUCUUCAAGAAACCCCGAAAAAACUCGUUCCCACUCCCAACCAGCUCCACGCCGACAUUGUCGCUGUUGUCGGUACCGAGAGGAGUACGAAUGGAACGAUGACAUCUCUUCAUAUGUUUCGGAUGUCGUUCGCACCCACAUCUCACUACUUCGAGAACUCGCACAAAACGAGUGGCAAUCCCUGCAGCGAUGGCAGAGCACCAUUUAUGAGGUGGCUCGUCACCGCGACUCGGUCACCUCGAAGCGGCUACAAGAAG